UAGAACAAUGGGAGUAAGUUAGGAAAGAGAAAUGGCCUCCAAUAUUGGGGAGAAAAUUUGAAUACAUUUUGUCAAAUUCCAAAGAUAUGAAUAAUCUGAAUAAAACAAAAAAAAAAAAAAAUUUACCUUACCCCCUUAAAAUGAAAAAAGGGGUACAUAAAACACAUUAUCUUUAAGAAAUACUAGUAUUUUAUGUGCAUAUAAUAUACAGACACUUUUUGAAUAGAGAGUAGCGUAUCAAUUUUGAACAUGAUCUAAGGCCACUAGAAAUGUGUGCCUACUCAGGGAAGCGUUGCUCUUUGGAGAGUUAUGAAUCAAUUGAGGGAAGAAGAGGGUACACAAAUGCAAGACCUCAGAGUUAUGAAAUGAUCGAUAAAGUUUAUUAUAGUUGAAUCGACAUUUUGAGUUAGUUCAUUCAGAUAUUUGUGGACCAUGUCCUGUUGUUUCGAUAGGUUAUUUAUCACUUUUGUCGAUGAUUCCAUGAUUUGUGCUUGAGAAAAAGCUCAUGAUCUGUGAACUUGUGAAACAACUCUUCAAAACUCAAAGAAGAAUCCCAUUUCUCUUAAAAUCCUAACAAUAAGUUCAUCAUCUGUUACUGGUGAUACAACAACUUUGAGCGCAUCAGGGAGUGAGCGAACUCAUUUUAGGAUUCGAACACAGAAAUCAGAAUCUCUAGUUGAAGAUGAAUACAGGUUAACAACUUUAUUUGUUAGUUAAGUGGAGAAAAAGAUCAUGUUAAUUGUUAGUCAAGCCAAGACAAGUCUUGACAAGAUAAAGUUCAAAGGUGAAGGAUAAAAAACUAUGUUAAAACAAUUUAACAACCCAAACUUUUUACAAAGUUUAACUAGUUGUUUUAUCCAACUAAUUAAAUUGACCCCAUUGACUAAAAGUCAUUCCAAUCUAAAAACAGUAUAUAGGUAUACAUUAAUCUUUAAAUAUAUCUUCUAAGAUCAUUACUAUCAAGUACUCUUGUUAUAGCUAUGGGAAGAACUUGCAAUCUUCUGUUUUCUCUUGCAGUUUUCAUUACGCUUUAUCGCCAUACUUCUUCACUUGCUAAUAUUUCCACCGAUGAAGCCGCUCUUCUUGCACUGAAAUUUUCUUCCAGCCCGGUUUGCAGCUGGAUUGGAAUCACUUGUAGCUCCCGCCACCACCGAGUCACCGCUUUAAACAUAUCUAGCAUGCAACUUCGUGGUACCAUUUCUCCAUGCCUUGGAAAUCUCUCAUUUCUUGUUUCCCUCAACAUAAGUUACAAUGCUCUCUAUGGAGAUCUACCAGUAGAGCUGGCUCGUUUGCAGAGGCUGAAAUUUAUAAGUGUCACAAAUAAUAACUUCACUGGAGCCAUUUUAUCAUCUUUAAGUUUGUUACCGAAUCUACGGGUUGCUUACCUUUCGAUGAAUCAAUUUUCAGGAGAAAUUCCUUCUUUCAUUUCCAACAUAACAAAGAUGGAAGUGUUGAGUAUGCAAAAGAAUUUUCUACAAGGAGAGAUCCCUCGAGAACUCGGUGAUCUUUGCUACCUGACAAUUUUAGAUCUGCAAUUUAAUGAACUUAGUGGCUCUAUACCAGUAUCAAUCUUCAACAUUACAACUAUGAAAAACAUUGGUCUUACCUAUAACAAUCUCACUGAUCAGCUUCCAACAACUAUAUGCGACCAUCUUCCAAAUUUGGAAGGGCUUUACCUCUCAAAAAACUACCUCGGGGGUGUUAUUCCACCAAACAUAGAAAAAUGCAGAAAACUUCAAGUCUUGUCAUUGAAUUACAAUGAGUUUACUGGAACUGUACCAAGAGAGCUAGCCAACUUAACAGCUCUUACAAUAUUAUAUAUCGGAAGUCUUCAUUUGGAAGGAGAGAUACCAGUGGAGCUCGGUAAUCUGAAGAAACUACAAGCACUAGGAUUAUCAGAUAGUCGAUUUAGUGGUUCUGUCCCUGCAAAUAUUUUCAACAUGUCAUCACUGCUGGUCCUAGAUAUUGCACAUAACAAACUUUCAGGUACUCUACCAUCAGAUUUAGGUUGUGCAAUGCCCAAUAUAGAAGUACUCAUCUGCGGAGGAAAUAAUUUUAGUGGUUUUAUCUCUCCUGCUAUCUCAAAUUCUUCAAGACUCAGAAUACUUGAGCUCUCAGGCAAUAGUUUCACAGGUCCGAUUCCAGAAUCACUUGGUAACUUAAUGUACCUUGAGGUUCUGAGCUUGUGGGGAAGUAACUUUGUUAGUGAUUCAACAUUGAGCUUCCUCACAUCAUUGACAAAGUGUAGGAAGCUAAGAUCACUCUGGUUUUAUGGAAAUCCAUUGGAUGGUGUCUUACCUGCAUCAGUUGGUAAUUUCUCAAACUCACUGAAAAAUUUUGCAGGAAAUGGUUGUAAAUUAAAGGGCACCAUUCCUCGAGAAAUUGGUAAUCUUACAGGAGUGAUAAGCAUAGCUCUGCAAUACAACGAAUUGACGGGACAUAUUCCAAAUACUGUCCAAGGAAUGUUGAGCCUUCAAGAACUUUACCUACAAAGAAACAAGAUAGAAGGACGCAUACCAGAUGUUAUGUGCGGUUUAAACAAUCUUGGUGCAUUAGACUUGUCAAGAAAUCAGUUUUCUGGCUCAGUGCCACCAUGCUUAGGGAGUGUUACUAGUUUGAGGACACUUUAUCUAGCUUAUAAUAGGCUUAAUUCAAGAUUACCUGCAAGCUUGGGGGGGCUUCGUGAUCUCAUAGAAUUAAAUAUUUCAUCAAAUUUAUUGAGUGGGGAAAUUCCCUUCGAGAUUGGAAACUUGAAGGCUGCAACACUCAUUGAUCUGUCAAAAAAUGAUUUUUCUGGUAAAAUUCCUAGCACGCUAGGGGGUCUAGAUAACUUGAUUAAUCUUUCUUUGGCACAUAAUAGAUUAGAGGGGUCUAUUCCAGAUUCAUUUGGCAAAAUGUUAGCAUUAGAAUUCUUGGAUUUGUGCGAUAACAAUCUUAGUGGUGAAAUUCCAAAGUCAUUAGAAGCUCUUGUGUAUCUCAAAUACAUGAAUUUCUCAUUCAAUAAGCUCAGUGGAGAAAUUCCUAUUGGAGGUCCUUUUGCAAACAUCACUAGCCAGUCCUUCCUAUUCAAUGAUGCACUUUGUGGUGACUCUCGAUUUAAUGUAAAACCAUGCCCAACCAAAUCUACAAAGAAGUCAAGAAGAAAGCAAGUGCUUACAGGUUUAUAUAUUCUAUUAGGGAUUGGAUCACUCUUCACGUUGUCUGUUGGAUUUGUGGUGUUAAGAUUGAGAAACACAAAGAAGAAUGCAAGUCAAAAAGAUGAGUUUCUCGUAAAAGGGCAUGAAAGAAUGUCAUAUUAUGAACUUGAGCAGGCAACUGAAGGAUUCAACGAAGCCAACUUGCUUGGUAAUGGGAGUUUCAGCAGGGUUUAUAAAGGGAUACUUAAGGAUGGUAUCAUUUUUGCAGCAAAGGUAUUCAAUGUGCAAUUGGAGGGUGCAUUCAAAAGUUUUGACACGGAAUGUGAGAUGCUCCGCAACCUUCGCCACAGAAAUCUGACCAAAGUCAUCACCAGCUGCUCCAAUCUUGAUUUCAAGGCCCUAGUGUUGGAAUACAUGCCCAACGGGACACUUGACAAAUGGUUAUACUCUCACAACUUGUUCCUGAACUUAUUGCAGAGAUUGGAUAUAAUGAUAGAUGUUGCAUCUGCAAUAGAUUAUCUCCACAAUGGCUAUUCAACGCCUGUGGUGCAUUGUGACUUGAAGCCAAGCAAUGUCUUGCUCGAUGAAGAAAUGGUUGGUCAUGUAAGUGAUUUUGGCAUUGCAAAAAUGUUAGGUGCAGGGGAGGCUUUUGUCCAAACAAGGACAAUUGCAACUAUUGAUUUAUGUAUAAACAUUCAAUUAGUUAGGUACACUUCAAUUAGUUAGUUACAUAACAACUUAGUUAGUUACAUAACAACUUACAUUUCCAUUAGUUAGUUGUAGAUAGUUAGUUAAUUGAGUUAGUAGUGUGUAUAUAUAUAGAUAUGCAAACUCAUCUGUAAACAUAUUCUUUACAUUCAUGGUUUUAUACCAUUCUCUGUUAAUAUACAUGUAAGAAGGGUGAUCUUUCUCUUCUUCACAUCUCCUUCUUCUUCUACCUAAU